CUUUUUAUGGCCUUUGCUAUCUUCAUCAUUAGUAACACUUCUCCAAAUAAGCUAAAGGUCAGAUAUAUUUCUCUCAAUAGACUUUUUCCCCUUAGUUUGAAUUCUACAAAGGGAUGAACAAUCCAACUAGGAUAAAAAUGAGGUCUAUGCUCAAUUUAUCUUAUGAUAGAGGUUGAAAGUUGAAACCAAAAUAGAAAUAUUUUCUUCUUCUGUUCUUAAAUCCUUUUCUUUGUUUGAAACCGCAAAGAAUAUUUGUUAGUUGUUUGUUUAAAUAUAUAUAGAGGGGAAUGAAUAGUGAAAUGGGAAAGGGAAAAGAGAAGCAGUCCAACUCAUCUAUACUUAAGAAGUUGGAGAAAUAUCUAUCAAUGAAUAAAUUUAGUGGAACCAUUUUGUCAAAGAGCAAAUCAUGGCAUGGCACCACAACAAAUAUUAAGAGCAAAGUGGCUCCAGAUGGCUGUUUUUGGGUGUAUGUUGGGCCUGAAAAAGAGAGAUUUGUGAUAAAGACAAAGUAUGCAAACCAUCCAAUGUUCAAGAUGUUGCUUGAAGAUGCUGAAAAAGAGUAUGGUUAUAAUUAUAGCCAAGGCCCUAUUUGUUUACCUUGUGAUGUUGAUCACUUCUACAAAGUGUUGGCUGAAAUUGGCAGAAGCAAAGAGAUUCAAUCUUUAGGGUGUGGAUCAUGUAGUCCCUUAUUUAGUCCUGGUAAGCGUUUGGGUAAUAGCCAAAUGGCUAAAGGUUAUGGUUCUUAUAGGGUUCUUACUCCUCCAAGAUUGCUCAAGCUCAACUCUUUUCAUUAGUCUAUCGAGAAAUGAAGUCCGUGAAAACUAUAAGAAAUCAUAAUUCAGGUUUAGAUAAAUAUUAGUAGAGGUGUGUGUAGGUUGACUUGAACAUCAUUAUUGCUAUAUAAAAAAAUAUAUGUUAAUAGCAAUAUUUGUUUAGAAGUCUCUUUUUCUUUGUUUUUAGGUUUCUCUUUGUAUGUGGAGUUUGUAAACCUCACUUCUUUGUGGGAUACAUCUGUGGAGUCAAUUAUAUCGAUGGGUUAUCAAAACUGUUUUGUUUGAAGAUAAAAGCUGAGUAAAGAAAGCAGUUUCUUGGCCCAUUUUAAUUUGAUCUUAUAGACAUAUUAUGGCAGAGAUGUAUAGAUGUUUACAUGCAGAAAAUUGCCUGUGACUUGCGAGUCUUAAAAUAUAUUGUGCAACAAAUAAUUGGUGUUUGGUUAA